CCAGGAAAAGGGGGUGGGAAUGGGAUAAGGGAGCGGAUCCUUAUCCCGGCUUUUCCCGAUCCCGGCUUUUCCCGAUCCCGGCUUUUCCCGUUCCCGGCCAUGCUCCGCUGCCUGCUCCAAAGGGCUUCCCAACUUCCUAACCUGGAAAAGCGGGAUAAACAAAGCGAUCCCGUGGCCAGCCUGACAUUCCGAGGUGUCAAGAAGAGGACAAAGGUCAUCAAGAAUAACGUGAAUCCUGUCUGGAAUGAGGGAUUUGAGUGGGAUUUGAAAGGAGUCCCUCUGGAUCCUGAUGCCGAGCUCACCGUGGUGGUCAAGGACCAUGAAACCAUGGGAAGAAACAGGUUCUUGGGAGAAUCCCGGGUGCCGCUCCGGGAUGUUCUGGGUGCUCCCAGCCUGGCGGCCUCGUUCAACCUCCCCCUGCUGGACUCGCGCAAGGAGAGCACCGGGGCCUCCCUGUUCCUGCAGGUUUCCUACAUCCCCCCUCCAGGUGCUCUCCCGAUUUUUCCACCUCCGGCCCCUCCGGAGCCGGCCCCGGCUGCUGCUGAACUGGACACGGUCACUGAGACGGCCGGAGAGGAGGACACGGAAGAUCUGGAGGCCGCGGGGGACACGGAGCCCUCGGCGUCCUCGGGAGCGCCGGGAUCAGAGCCGCCCUCGCUCCCAAGGAAACCGUCCGGGAAUCACAUCCAGGGGGUGAAGAGGAGGAGGAGGAGCUCUCCCAAAAAACCUUUAUCCAACAAACCGCAGGAUUUCCAGAUCCGGGUGAGGGUCAUCGAGGCCCGGCAGCUUCCCGGGAUCCAGGUCCGGCCAGUGGUGAAGGUGACGGUGGCCGGACAAACGCGGAGAACGCGGAUCCGGAAAGGAAACAGCCCCUUCUUCGAUGAGACUUUUUUCUUCAACGUCUUCGAGUCCCCAUCGGAGCUGUUUGAUGCUCCCAUUUUCCUCACGGUUGUGGAUUCUCGAUCGUUCCGCACAGAUUCGGUCAUCGGGGAAUUCCGGAUGGAUGUGGAGACCGUUUACUCCGAGCCAAAACACGCUUUCCGCAGGAAGUGGCUGCUUCUCUCGGAUCCGGAGGAUUUUUCCGCGGGAGCCAAGGGCUACUUGAAGGUCAGCGCCUGUGUGCUGGGGCCUGGAGAUGAAGCUCCCUUGGAGAAGAAGGAGGUGGCCGAGGACAAGGAGGACAUCGAGGCCAACCUGCUGCGCCCCACCGGGGUCACCCUCAGGGGGGCCCAGUUCUGCCUCAAGAUCUUCAAAGCCGAGGAUUUGCCCCAGAUGGAUGAUGCCGUCAUGGACAAUGUCCGGCAGAUUUUUGGCUUUGAGAGCAACAAGAAAAACCUGGUGGAUCCUUUUGUGGAAGUCAGCUUUGCCGGGAAAACGCUCUACUCCCGGAUCCUGGAGAAAAACGCCAACCCCCAGUGGAACCAGUGCCUGACGCUGCCGGCCAUGUUCCCUUCCAUGUGUGAGCGGAUGAGGAUCCGUGUGACGGACUGGGACCGUCUGACGCACAAUGACGUCAUCGGCACCGCUUUCCUCGGAAUGUCCAAGAUUUCGGCCCCCGGCGGGGAGCUGGAGGUGGAUGACGGGCUGGGAUUCCUGCCGACCUUCGGGCCCUGUUACAUCAACCUGUAUGGCAGCCCCCGGGAAUUCACCGGAUUUCCCGAUCCCUACGAGACACUCAAUUUGGGAAAGGGUGAGGGGGUUGCGUAUCGGGGCCGGAUCCUGGUGGAGCUGGAGACCAAACUGGUGGAGCACAUGGAGCAGAAGGUGGAGGAGAUUCCUGCUGAUGACAUCCUGAGGGUGGAGAAAUACCUGCGCCGACGGAAAUAUUCCCUCUUUGCCGCCUUCUACUCGGCCACGAUGCUCCAGGGCGUGGACGGUGCCGUCCAGUUCGAGGUCAGCAUCGGGAAUUAUGGCAACAAGUUCGACACCACCUGCCUGCCCCUGGCCUCCACGACCCAGUACAGCCGGGCUGUCUUCGAUGGUUGUCACUAUUAUUACCUGCCCUGGGGGAAUGUGAAGCCGGUGGUGGUGCUGUCCUCGUACUGGGAGGACAUCGGACACCGUGUGGACGCCCAGAACCUCCUGCUCUACGGAGCCGAGCAGCUGGAGGCAAACCUGGAGAAGAUCCAUGUGGCCCUGAAAUCCAACCGCUCUCCCAUCGAGCUGGAGGCCCUGGGAUCCCAACUGCUCGAUGACGUCAUCGCCGACUGCAGCCUGAAGCUUCCUGAUGUCCUGGCAAAGGCAUCCAGCACCCACCUGGAUCAGAACCUCUUCCGUUUCCGGAGCACCCACCUGGAGCAGAUCCUGAAGGUGGCCCUGAGGCUCAAGCACGAGAAUUCUGGCCUUUCCCAAAUCCUGGAUCAGGCAGAGGAUUGGCUCUGCCGGCUCCAGGCCAUGGCAGAGGAGCCCCAGAACAGCCUCCCAGACAUCGUCAUCUGGAUGCUCCAGGGGGACAAACGCGUGGCCUACGCCCGUGUCCCGGCCCACCAGGUCCUGUAUUCCCGAAACAUUUCCAACUGCUGCGGCCGGAACUGUGGGAAGCUCCAGACCAUCUUCCUCAAGUACCCACAGGAGGAGGUGAUGGGGCCGCGGAUCCCGGCGCAGAUCCGAGUGCGGCUCUGGUUUGGAUUGGCCGUGGAUGAGAAGGAAUUCAACCAAUUCGCCGAGGGAAAACUCUCCGUCUUUGCCGAAACCUACGAGAACCAGACCAAGCUGGCACUAGUGGGGAACUGGGGCACCACCGGUCUCACUUAUCCCAAAUAUUCCGACGUCACCGGCCGGAUCAAGCUUCCCAAGGACAGCUUCCGGCCUUCUGCGGGAUGGACCUGGGCUGGGGAUUGGUUUGUCUGCCCAGAAAAGACGUUGUUGCAUGAUGUGGAUGCUGGACACCUGAACUUCGUGGAGGAGGUGUUUGAAAACCAGGUCCGGCUUCCCGGGGGACAGUGGAUCCACAUGACUGAUUCCUACACGGAUGUGAACGGGGAGAAGGUCCUGCCCAAGGAUGAGAUCGAGUGUCCUCCAGGCUGGAAGUGGGAAGAUGUGGAAUGGGACACAGAUCUCAACAGGGCUGUGGAUGAGAAAGGCUGGGAAUACGGGAUCACGAUCCCGCCGGAGCGCAAGCCCAAGGCCUGGGUGCCGGCGGAGAAGAUGUUCCACACGCACCGGCGCCGGCGCUGGGUGCGGCUCCGCCGGCGCGACCUGGAGCACAUGGAAGCCAUGAGAAAGCACAAGCAGGAGGAGAUGGAUGGAGAUGGUUGGGAAUACGCUUCCCUCUUCGGCUGGCGCUUCCACCUCCAGCAGCGCCGCUCCGACUCCUUCCGCCGGCGCCGCUGGAGACGCCGGAUGGAGCCUCUGGAACGCACUGGCCCAGCCGCCGUCUUUGCCUUGGAAGGAGCUCUGGGAGGAGUGACUGACGACAGGAGCGACGAUGGAAAAUCUGCGUCCACCCUGAGUUUCGGCGUUAACAGGCCCACGAUCUCCUGCAUUUUUGACUCCGGGAACAGAUUCCACCUGCGCUGUUACCUGUACCAGGCACGGGAUCUCAUGGCCAUGGACAAGGACAGCUUCUCCGAUCCCUACGCCAUCGUGUCCUUCCUGCACCAGAGCCAGAAGACCGUGGUGGAGAAGAACACCUUGAAUCCCACCUGGGAUCAGACCCUGAUCUUCUAUGAGAUCGAGAUUUUUGGGAAUUCUCGGGAUGUGGCUGAAUCUCCUCCCAACAUCCUGGUGGAAAUUUAUGACCAUGACACCUAUGGUGCAGAUGAAUUCAUGGGACGCUGCAUCUGCCGGCCCAGCCUGGAGCGCUUGCCCCGGCUUUCCUGGUAUCCUGUCCUCAAAUCCGGCCGGAAUGUCGGUGAGCUCCUGGCUGCCUUUGAGCUGAUCCAGAGGGAAAAGCCGGCUGUUCAUCACAUCCCUGGAUUUGAGAGCGAUCUCUCUUCCAGCCUGGAUGAGUCUGCGGAUUCCGACCUUCCCUAUCCGCCGCCGCAGCGGGAGCCCAAUGUCUACAUGGUCCCACAGGGAAUCAAACCUGUCCUGCAGCGCACAGCCAUCGAGAUCCUGGCCUGGGGGCUGAGGAACCUCAAGAGCUUCCAGCUGUCCAGCGUGACCUCUCCCAGCCUGCUGGUGGAAUGUGGGGGCCAGCGCGUCCAGUCCAGUGUCAUCAAGAACGUCAAGAAGAACCCCAACUUCGAUGUCUGCAUGCUCUUCAUGGAAGUGCGUCUGCCCAAGGAGAGCCUCUACAGCCCCCCCAUCAUCCUGAAGAUCAUCGACAACCGCCCCUUCGGCCGGAGACCCGUGGUGGGACAGUGCACGAUCCGCUCCCUCCAGGAAUUCUACUGGGAUCCCUUCCAGCAGGAUGCAGGGGCACCCCAGGAGCAGCCAGAUGACGUCAGCCUCACGCCCAGGGAUGAUGUCCUCAUCGACAUCGAUGACAAAGAGCCCCUGAUCCCCAUCCAGCUUUCCGAGGGUUUGACGAGCUCAGCACUAAUUAACAUCCCGGAUUCCCGGGCCCCGCCUCAUGAGGAGGAAUUCAUCGACUGGUGGAGCAAAUUCUACGCUUCCACGGGAGAGAGGGAAAAAUGUGGAUAUUACUUGGAAAAGGGAUUUGACACCUUGAAGGUCUACGAGACGGAGCUGGAAAACGUUGAGGAAUUUGAGCAUCUCUCGGAUUUCUGCCACACCUUCAAGCUGUUCCGGGGGAGAUCCCAGGAUUCCAGCGACGACCCCUCGGUGGUGGGGGAAUUCAAGGGUUCCUUCAGGAUUUAUCCUCUUCCCGAUGAUCCACGUGUUCCGGUGCCUCCCCGGCAAUUCCAGCAGCUGCCGGCCAGGGGACUCCAGGAAUGUCUGGUCCGGGUUUACGUCAUCCGCGCCUUUGACCUCCAGCCCAAGGAUUCCAAUGGCAAGUGUGAUCCCUAUGUGAAGAUUUCCGUGGGAAAGAAAUCCAUAAAUGACCAGGAAAAUUACCUUCCCUGCACUCUGGAGCCCGUCUUUGGGAAGAUGUUUGAGCUGAGCUGCACCCUGCCUCUGGAGAAGGACCUCAAGGUCACCCUCUACGACUACGACCUCCUGUCCAAGGAUGAGAAGAUCGGCGAGACUGUCAUUGACCUGGAGAAUCGCUUCCUGUCCAAAUACGGCGCUCGCUGCGGCCUCCCCCAGACCUACUGCGUCUCCGGCCCCAACCAGUGGCGUGACCAACUCCGCCCUUCCCAGCUGCUCCACCUCUUCUCCCUGCAGCACAACUACAAAGCUCCCACCUACAAAUCUGACCGGAUCAUCUUCCGGGAUCAGGAAUACAUCCUCUCCGAGCUGGAGGAUGGAAAACCCCCAAAUCCGCACCUGGGGCCGGUGGAGGAGCGACUCGCCCUGGCCGCCCUCCGGAAGCAGGGAUUGGUUCCGGAGCACGUGGAGACCCGGCGUCUUUACAGCCCCCUCCAGCCAGACAUCGAGCAGGGAAAACUCCAGAUGUGGGUGGAUCUGUUUCCCAAAUCCCUUGGACAUCCUGGCCCCCCUUUCAACAUCACUCCACGCAAAGCCAAGAGGUUCUACCUGCGCUGCAUCAUCUGGAACACCAAGGAUGUGAUCCUGGACGACCUCAGCAUCACUGGGGAGAAGAUGAGCGACAUCUAUGUCAAAGGGUGGCUGGUGGGACAUGAGGAGAACAAGCAGAAGACGGAUGUCCACUACAGAUCCAUGGGAGGAGAAGGGAAUUUCAACUGGAGAUUCAUCUUUCCCUUUGAUUAUCUCCCGGCAGAGCAGAUGUGCCACGUGGCCAAGAAGGAACACUUCUGGAGCUUGGACAAGACGGAAAACAAGAUCCCACCCCAGCUGAUCCUUCAGAUCUGGGACAACGACAAGUUCUCCUUCGAUGACUAUUUGGGAUCCCUCCAGAUGGAUCUCAACAGGAUGCCCAAGCCUGCCAAGACAGCGGAAAAAUGUUCCUUGGAUCUCGUGGAUGAUUCCCUGUCCUCAGGCCGCUCUGUGUCCCUCUUUGAGCAGAAAACCGUCAAGGGCUGGUGGCCCUGCGUGGCCGAGCAGGACCGGCAGAAGAUCCUGGCGGGGAAACUGGAGAUGACAUUGGAAAUCGUGGCAGAACAGGAACAUGAGGAGCGUCCGGCCGGGAUGGGACGGGAUGAGCCAAACAUGAACCCCAGGCUGGAGGAUCCCAAGCGUCCCGAGACCUCCUUCCUGUGGUUCACGUCCCCAUACAAGACCCUGAAGUUCAUCCUGUGGCGUCGCUACAAGUGGGUGCUGAUCCUGGCCAUCCUCCUCUUCAUCCUGCUGCUUUUCCUGGGAAUCUUCGUCUAUGCCUUCCCGAACUAUGCUGCUAUGAAACUGGUGAAACCUUUCAACUGA